GGUGUCUGUGGGCCCCUGUUAUUUCAAGGAUGGCUUGGAUUGGGCGGCCACUGAGAACAGAACCCGGUUCCCCAUCCUGAGUCUGGGAAGAGAGUGGGUGGGACUCCACCGCCAGUUCCCACAAGUCCUGCUUGAACACACGGCUCCUUCUCCUCCCCGCGCGCGCGCGCGAACGGACCCCGAGGCGCAGAGCCCCGCCGGGGGACAGACACCUGCGAGCCCGGGGCGCCCCAGCCUCGCCCAGGGGCCUGGCCUGCUCACACUAUGACAAGCCAGCCACCAGGGUCCUAGACUGGAAAGCCGUGGCUUCUGUCAACCCCACCUCAGAGCUGCGUUGUCAGGAGGAGACUGGAGCAGAGCAAGGAUAUCGCCAUGUUUUGCACGAAGCUCAAGGAUCUGAAGAUCACAGGGGAGUGUCCUUUCUCCUUGCUGGCCUCAGGUCAGGUUCCCAAAGAGCCAGUGGAGGAUGUGGCAGGAAGUUCAGAGAGCUGCAAGGCCACUCUGACCAUCUGCGAGGACGUUCCUGAGAAGAACGUCCAAGGAAACCUUCCUCAAAGGAAGACCAGCCGCAGCAGGGUCUACCUGCAUACUUUGGCAGAAAGUAUUUGCAAACUGAUUUUCCCGGAGUUUGAACGACUGAAUCUUGCCCUCCAGAGAACAUUGGCAAAGCAUCAAAUAAAGGAAAGCAGGAAAUCUUUGGAGAGAGAAGACUUCGAAAAAAUAAUUGCAGACCAAGCAGUUGCAGCAGGAGUCCCCAUGGAGGAGGUCAAAGACACCCUUGGUGAGGAGCUUUUCAAAAUCUGCUAUGAGGAAGAUGAGCGCAUCCUGGGCGUGGUUGGAGGUACCCUGAAGGACUUUCUGAACAGUUUCAGCACCCUUCUGAAACAGAGCAGCCACUGUCAAGAGGCGGAGAGGAAGGGUAGGCUAGAAGAUGCCUCCAUCCUGUGCCUUGACCAAGACCACGACUUCUUAAAUGUUUACUACUUUUUCCCCAAGAGAACCACCGCCCUGGUCCUCCCUGGCAUCAUUAAGGCAGCUGCCCAUAUACUGUAUGAAAGCCAAGUGGAGGUGUCCUUAAUGCCUCCCUGCUUCCGCAGCGACUGCCCGGAGUUUGUCAACCAGCCCUACCUGCUCUACUCUGUGCACGUGAAAAGCACUAAACCUUCAUUGUCCCCAGGCAAGCCCCAGUCCUCCCUGGUGAUCCCCACAUCACUCUUCUGUAAGACCUUCCCGUUCCACUUCAUGUUCGACAGAGACCUGACCAUCCUGCAGCUGGGCAACGGUCUCAGAAGGCUGGUGAACAAGAGGGACCUUCAAGGGAAGCCGAACUUUGAAGAGUUCUUCGAAAUCCUGACUCCAAAAAUUAACCAGACCUAUAGCGGGAUAAUGACAAUGUUGAAUAUGCAAUUUGUCAUCCGAGUGAAAAGAUGGGACAACUCCGUGAAGAAGUCUUCAAGGGUUAUGGAUCUCAAAGGCCAAAUGAUCUACAUUGUUGAGUCCAGUGCGGUCCUGUUCUUGGGGUCACCCUGUGUGGACAGACUGGAAGAUUUUACAGGACGUGGGCUCUAUCUGUCUGACAUCCCAAUCCAUAACGCCCUGAGGGAUGUGGUCUUGAUAGGGGAGCAAGCAAGGGCUCAGGAUGGCCUGAAGAAGAGGCUGGGGAAGCUGAAGGCCACGCUAGAGCAUGCCCACCAAGCCCUGGAGGAGGAGAAGAAGAAGACCGUGGACCUUCUCUGCUCUAUCUUUCCCUGUGAGGUGGCCCAGCAGCUCUGGCAAGGGCAAGUGGUCCAAGCCAAGAAGUUCAAUAAUGUCACCAUGCUCUUCUCAGACAUUGUGGGCUUCACGGCCAUCUGCUCCCACUGCUCGCCCCUUCAGGUCAUCACCAUGCUCAAUGCCCUCUACACACGCUUUGACCGGCAGUGUGGCGAGCUGGACGUCUACAAGGUGGAGACCAUUGGUGAUGCUUACUGCGUCGCAGGGGGCCUACACAGGGAGAGCGACACCCAUGCUGUCCAGAUAGCACUGAUGGCCCUGAAGAUGAUGGAGCUCUCUGAUGAAGUCAUGUCUCCCCACGGAGAACCGAUCAAGAUGCGGAUUGGGUUGCACUCUGGGUCAGUGUUUGCUGGAGUGGUUGGAGUGAAAAUGCCCCGUUACUGUCUCUUUGGAAACAACGUCACUCUGGCUAACAAGUUUGAGUCCUGCAGUGUGCCACGGAAAAUCAACGUCAGCCCAACAACUUACAGAUUACUCAAAGACUGCCCGGGGUUUGUGUUUACACCUCGGUCAAGGGAAGAACUUCCACCCAACUUCCCCAGUGAAAUUCCAGGAAUCUGUCAUUUCCUGGAUGCCUAUCAUCAACAAGGAACAAAUUCCAAGCCAUGGUUCCAAAAGAAAGAUGUGGAAGAUGGCAAUGCCAACUUUUUAGGCAAAGCCUCAGGAGUAGACUAGUCAAGCCUGUGCUUGUUCGUUUGGUGUUAGGGUUGGACUCCUUUGUGGAUGUCACGAACCUGUGAGAACACUUUAGGAUUCCAGGAGACGAUAAAGCAGUAUUAAAAACCCCAGAGGAUAAAUCCUAGUCUGCACUCUUCUCAUGUAACAUGUCAAAAAUGUACUCCAGUACUUUAACUUUUGUAUUAAAAAAUAAAUGAAUAGAAAACAAACCUUUUGAGGGCAUACAUCUGUUCUGUAACAAUCACCACCAAUACUCAAUCGAGCAUGAAAUAGACACAACAGGCCAUUGUAGUCAAGUUGAACUGUGUAGUGUGAUGUAGCUAUCAGCAUCCUCCACCCUGGUGCAAUGCCAAUGUAACUAAAGGGUGCUUGUGAUAGUGUCGUCUUAAAGAUGCUUUGAGUAGAAAUGACAGUGAUUAAUAAUUCUUUACUUUCCACCUCUGCACUGGAUUAUAUUUUCUCAUUUAACUGCUAUCAUGUAUAACAAAAUAGGCUGGUAUAUUUUCAGUUGUAAUUUCAUUGUUGGCUUUUCUUUCUUUUCUUUAUGUUUUUGAUUUUAGGAGAUAAGCAAUUAGGGGUAAGAUGAAACAUGGCAUAAAAUAGUUCUGGAAAUUUCAAGUACAUUCUCAGCUUUUGAAGUGAAAAUAUUCUCAUUAAUGCAAUAUCUCAUGUAAUGCAUAUUUUCUUUUUUGAUAUUUGUUAUUUCUGAUUCUAUUUGUGAGAAAGGCUAUUUUAAUUUGAAUUAGCAAUUUAAUUCCUAUGAAUUCAUAGGAAUAAGUGCCAUAAUAGCAAAUUUUUCAAGAUAUAAAAGGCUUACAGCCUAAGUUAAAUGCAAUAAUAUUCGAAUUUAACUAAUGUAACUAAGACUGAGUAAAUGGGAUUUCAGUGACCACCUGAGGAUUUCCUAUAAAGUACAGUAGUAAAGUGCUCACACACAUGCAUACACAUGUGAGAUAAUCCCCCAUUAUCAUGUUAAGCCAUAUGAACUCCUAAUGAGAAAGUUGAAGUCCAGAAAUGGAAAAUAAGACUUUAUCUUGAUUGAUAGCUCAUUUUUCUUAGGUAUUUGUGAUGUGAUUUGUGAUGUGUGUGUCUGUGUACUAAGACUGAAGUUUUGUAUUGUUAGGAAUACAAUCUGUGAAUUUAAAGUAACUUGAUAUUUUCACAAAAUGCCACUAGCAACAAUAAAGAACAAUAAUGCUGUGA